CAUCACUCUGCCCAUGUACGCAUGUCACCCUCUUCAGCGUCUGCGGGUGAAAGGUGCAUUCUGCUUUAGCCUGCAGCAUUAUUAGGACACCACCACUUCAACAGUAAACUCUCGACGAUAACCACCAUAAUAAUAUUUAUACAAGAAUUGAGGCAUUUGAUCCGUAGCCAAAAAUGGCAAACUCGUCAUAUUGUGGCGACUUCGACAACCUGGUUUCUGCCUACUACAGCAUCCACGGAUAUGCGAGUCUCGCUGUUUGUCUUGCUGGAACGGUGAGCACCGGUCUCAGCAUGGUGGUACUCUCGAGGCCGGAACUGGCCGCACCAACCUCUUCACUUCUCUCUGCGCUGGCCGCCGCAGAUGCGCUGGUCAUGCUCGAGUAUGUCCCGUAUACCUUGCACCAGUACAUUUUGGUGGACCGACCUGCAGCAGAGAGAUUCUCCUAUGGUUGGGCCGUGUACGUUCUCUUCCAUGCAAUUUUCACUCAGAUUUUUCAUACAAUAAGCAUUUGGCUGACUGUGACCUUGGCCGUUUGGAGAUACCUGGCCGUGCGUUUCCCUAUUCAAAGCAAACUAUGGUGCACAGCAAAGGGAACAAGAUAUGCCAUUCUCGCUGCAUGCGUAGGGUCAACGAUAAUUUGCAUCCCUCUUUACUUGUCAUUUUCCGUGUCACCGUUCAAGGACGGCACUGUCUACUAUGUUAGACUGAGCGAACUUGGCGGUGUUGGGGAGCGACUAUUGAUCCACAUUAAUUUUUGGAUUUACUCGGUCUUAAUAAAACUGCUGCCCUGCGUCAUCUUGAGCUUCCUAAGCCAAAGACUAUUGGCCGCUCUCUGGGAGAACAAACAGCGGCGCAGAUCAUUACUCAAUAAAGACGACAAAGAUGGCGAUCGCACCAGCCGACUUCUGAUGGCCGUUCUCAUUCUAUUUCUGGUCACCGAGCUACCGCAAGGCAUUUUGGGCCUGAUGACCGUUUUCCUCGGCUAUGACUUUUUCGCCCAGUGCUACAACAGCCUGGGUGAGUUGAUGGACCUACUGGCUCUCACCUCGAGCACAUUGAAUUUUCCACUCUACUGCCUCAUGAGCAGGCAAUUCCGAGCCACUUUUGCAGCUAUUAGUCGAAAGGCAUUCAGCAAAGUCUUUGAAAAAGAUACAUCAGUGAGCUCCAACGAGUCAGUCAAGGGACAAGAGAACCGCGGGGCGCAACUUUAAAACAUUAAUUUUAUAUUAUACUGUGUAAUUGUUGUUUUGAAUGUGUAUUGUGAAUGCAUGCUAAAAUAUUGUUUCAAAAAUGAAUAAAAAUAUAGUCAAAUGGUUCAUUUAGAAGAAUCUCUAAAAAAAAAAUGAUCGGUUUAUAAAUUUAAGCAUCUUAUAUUUAAAUAAAUAAAAUUAAUUUACGUAAAAAGUUAUUAGUGAGAAUAAUAUAUAGACGUUACUUUUAUGGCACACUAAGUUUAAAAUUCCUUAAUUCCAUUUAAAAACGUCCAAUAAAUAGGUCUUAUGAGGGUUUCGAGUCACGUGCGACUGUUCAUAAUUAAUUUUUAUUUUGAAAACCAUAGAGACCGAUAAGCAUUAAUUAAUGCUGCUCAUUAU